UACCCAUCGGACCAUCCACUUUCCACCAGGCAAUAGAAGACAAGUGGCUCUACCCUUGGCUGAGGGUAGGUGUGGCACUGGUUACUGCUGCUGCUGUGCCCGCUUUGGCCUCCACAAAAUCAGACUCAGCAGAAGGAGCAACUGCCAUCCGAGGCUCCUGUUCCAACCCAGGGCCAUUCACCAGGAACAUGGGGCUCCCAGAUGUCCAGCUCCAGCUGGUGCUGCUGUGGGCACUGGUGUGGGCACAGGGGGCAAGGUCAGUGUGUCCCUCCUGUGGGGGCCCCACCCUGGCACCCCAAGCAGAACGAGCUCUGGUCCUGGAGCUAGCCAAGCAGCAAAUCCUGGAGGGGCUGCACCUGACCAGUCGUCCCAGAAUAACUAAUCCUCCAACCCGGGCAGCACUGACCAGAGCUCUCCGGAGACUACAGCAGGGAAGUGUGGCUCCGAAGAAUGGGGAGGAGGUCAUCAGCUUUGCUACCACCACAGACUCCUCCACUUCAACCUGCAGUUCCAUGCUCACCUUCCACCUGUCCACUCCUCGGUCCCACCAUCUGUACCAUGCGCGUCUCUGGCUGCACGUACUCCCCACCCUUCCUGGCACUCUUUACUUGAAGAUCUUCCGAUGGGGUCCGAGGAGAAGGCACAGAAGGUCCCGCGCCUUGCUGGCUGAUCACCAAAUUACAACGCCUGGCUGGCAUGCCCUGACUCUGCCCUCUAGUGGCUUGAGGGGUGAGGAGUCUCGUGUUCUGAGACUCCAACUGGACUGCAGACCCCUAGAAGACAACAGCACAGCUGCCGGACGACCUCGACGGCUCCUGGAUACCGAGGCAAACCAGCGGCCCUUCCUGGAGCUUAAGAUCCGGCCUAAUGAGCUGAGAGCAGGCCGGGCCAGGAGGAGGACCCCCACCUGUGAGCCUGAGACUCCGUUAUGUUGUAGGCGAGACCAUUAUGUAGACUUCCAGGAACUGGGAUGGCGAGACUGGAUUCUGCAGCCUGAGGGGUACCAGCUAAAUUACUGCAGUGGGCAGUGCCCCUCCCACCUAGCUGGCAGCCCGGGCAUUGCUGCCUCCUUCCAUUCUGCUGUCUUCAGCCUCCUCAAGGCCAACAACCCUUGGCCCUUGGGUACUUCCUGCUGUGUCCCUACUGCCCGAAGGCCUCUCUCUCUCCUCUACCUUAACCGUGAUGGCAAUGUGGUCAAGACAGAUGUGCCAGAUAUGGUGGUGGAGGCCUGUGGCUGCAGCUAGCAAGAGGACCCGGAGGUUUAAAGUAAAGAGAUAAAGUUGGGGGUUCCCAGGCAAAAGGCAUCUGUGGCUGGAGGCAUCAGAUUCCUGAUCUGCAUCCCCGUCCAAUGGGCCACCUGGCAGUAUGACUGAGUUGACCCCUAUGGGACCCAAAUGGACACUUUCUUGUCCAGACUCUGGUCUAUUCCAGGCUGUUUGAUGUGUGAGGAGGUGGGAAAAGUUUGUCCUCUGAAGGAAUCUACCCAGAAAGCAUGAUUUCCUACCCUAAGCCCUAUGAGAAAAUAACAGAAGCAAGGGAGGGAAAGAGGGAAGGAGCAGGCAGAGAAAAAUGACUUAGCCUCUCCCAAGAAGAG